AUGGCGUCGUUGCUUUCUUCCAUGCAGGGCGGAGCGCCGUCGGCCCCUCGCCCUGUCGACGAGAAAGCGAUCGCGAUCGAUGCGCUGGGUGAAGAAGCGAGGCCUAUCGACCCUGAAGUUGAACGGCGAGUUCUGAGGAAGAUCGAUAUGUUCUUGAUGCCUGCUAUGGUCAUUGGGUAUGGAUUGGUCUACUACGACAAGGCAAUCCUCGGCAGCGCCGCCCUCUUCGGCAUGACAACCGACCUCCAGCUCUCCGUCACCGACACCUCAGUGACCCCGCCCGCAACCGACACCUCCCGACUAAGCUGGGCAACCUCGAUCUUCUACUUCGGGCAGCUGGCGGGCUCGUAUCCGAUGACAUACACGCUGCAGUGCUUCCAGACCAAGUACGUGCUCGGCCCGGUCGUGAUGCUGUGGGCGAUUAUCUGUGCCGCGACGGCGGGCGUCACGACGUGGCAGGGGCUUUUCGUGCAGCGGUUUUUCCUGGGCUUCACCGAGUCCAUUAUCCCAACGGGCUUCAUGGUAAUAGUGAGCGGGUACUACACGCAGCGCGAGCAGUCGUCCCGGCAGAGCUGGUGGUUUUCCGGGACCGGCUGGUUCAUCAUCAUCGGGGGUGCGUUUAACUACGGUUUUGCGCAGAUUGACGGUGGCGCAUUGAAGCCGUGGCAGUAUAUCUAUGUCUUUGCGGGGGUGCUUACGUUCCUCUUUGGGAUCUGGUGCUUUUUCCUCCCGAAUGAUCCGCUGAAUGCGUGGUUUCUCACGCCGGAUGAACGGCUCGUUGCGGUGGAGAGGUUGCGGGCUAGUCAGACUGGUGUGAAGAACAAUCAACUGAAGCCAGCGCAGUUGAAGGAGGCUGUACUAGAUGUCAAGAUCUGGCUUGUUGCGUUGACUAUGGCCGCUGCAUACACCGUCAACGGCGCCGUCUCAGGCUUCGGCCCCCUCAUCGUCUCAACAUUCGGCUACUCCAGCCUCGAAAGCAUCCUCUUCCAGUUCCCCCUCGGCGGGCUAUCGGCAUUCGGAAUCAUAGGCACAGGCUACAUCUGCUCUAAAUACCGCAACAUCCGCGUAGUAUCUCUAAUCCUCUGCUGCCUGCCCGUGAUCGCCGGGUUCGUCAUGAUCUGGAAGUCCAGCUGGGGCCAUAAGCCCGUGACACCCGUGGCCGGGUACUCAUUGAUCGGGUUCUUCGGGCCCGUCGUCGGUCUAACGAUCUCGCUAGGCGCGAGCAAUGUCGCCGGCGAGACGAAGAAGAGUUUCAUGGCGGCUGCGGUGUUUGUUGCGUACUGCGUGGGCAAUAUCGUCGGUCCGCAGUUGAUUCAUUCUCAGCAGAAGGGAGCGCAUUAUCCGGAUUUGUGGACGGGGUUGAUUAUUUGUUACUGCAUUACCAUCCUCUCUGCGUCUGUCCUGGGUGUGCUUUGUUGGCGCGAGAACAAGCGCCGGGGUGCAAUGGGUUUGGAUGAGUGCGAGGCUGAGCGUCUGGCGUUCAAGGAUCUGACGGAUCAGGAGAACCUGCAUUUCAGAUAUGUGUACUAA